AGACACUAUCUCCCAGAGAAGACACAUUCUCCCAGAGAAGACACUAUCUCCCAGAGAAGACACUCCAGAACAGAGGAAGAACUCAACAUCGCAGACACUUGUCUCCAACGACACAAAAUGGGUUCUAAAUACAUCACAGAAAUUGCAAUCUCCACUACCCCUGAAAUGGACCAACAGCUUCAUGACCAAGACUAUGACAAGAUAAAUGUCAACCUCAACAAAGGCACUUCAUCCACCACCAAAGUUUACAUGUGGUACAAAAAGGGCAAUGGUAAACCCAUCACCAGAGUCCAGUUUUCAUUCACUGAUGAAAUGAAAGAUGUCCUGAAAAAAGCAGGGUUCACUGAGCUCCCAGAAAACCUCAACUCUGGAACACAAGGAGACGUCAUCCAGCUGUGGUACUCUAGUGGUGCAAGCCCUAAGUAUGACAUUCCCAUUGAAGAUAUCUUCCUCACCACUAAUGAGCAAGAAGAGGCCCACCAAUUCAAGCUCGGCUGGGAAAGGUUACCAUGCAAUCUGAACCGCAGUAACGCAGGAGAUUUCAUCACCCUCUGGUUGAAGAGAAAGAGUAAGACCUACAUCUGUGAUGUUGCUGCCGCCACCUCAUUCCAACAACACAUCAACCUUUCCAACGAGGGCUACAUCCGGCUGGAUGAAGAUCUCAAUAGAGGUUCUGGAGGAAAACCCAUCUACCUCUGGUACCGUCAAUCCACCACAGUGGGCGGCGGGAUCACAGAGAUGAAAGCAUGCAUCAACCGUGAGCAGGAUUCCAUCCUAGUGGAGCGUGGUUUCACCAUGGUGAAUGUUAACCUCAAUGAGGGAACAUGCGGUCAGCCAGUGUUUGUCUGGAUCAAGAAAAAUGGAUCUCUCCCUAUCAAGGCCUUGACCGUUACAUCCAACCCUGAUGUAACUGGCCCUUAUGACGAGGCAGACUUGAUCCUCAUCGAUAGAAAUCUGAAUGCUGGCAACAGUGGUAUGCCCCUCUACCUCUGGUAUGGCAAAUAAAAACCUGAGUUGGAGAGGUAGAAUCAGCCUUAAAUUGU